UGCCAUUUUCAGUCCUUUCAGUUGUCUUUUUCAGAGGCAAGGACAUCGACUUGACUCCUGUCUGUAACACAUUCUGAGAGUAAUGAAGACAUUCUGUCCCUGAGUCAUGGCGGACAGGAGAGCGGAGAAGUCAUGUGAAGAAGCCAGCGGAUCGUUAGCCAGGCGGGAGUACGAGGCGGCAGUGAGCCACUGCACUGAUGUGCUGCUGGCCCUCGGCCCCCCGGCCCCUCCCAGCCCUGGACCCCGCGCAUCCAACGCCCCCAACGACACGGUUACCCCCCUCCGCAGCCGCGCCCUGCUCUACAGGAUAGCCGCCCUGCUACAGCUGAAAAACUAUGAUCAAGCAGAUGAAGACUGCAAACAUGUUCUGGCCGAGGAGCUGGCCAAGGGAGACGGGUCGUUUCAGGCCAGCCUGCGCUGCAUGCUGGUGGACGGGAGCCUGCACGAAGUGGCCGGCCUCCUCUCCAAGUCCCUGUUUGGGGAGCCCCUGAACGGCAUCGUCACAAAGGACUUAACUAGAUUAAAAAUGCUUCUCUCAGAAAUUGAAGCCAUUCGUAGCGAGAUGGCCACAGAAUAUACAGACGACAACGAGGAAGAAGUACGGGAUGGAUGGCAGUUUCGCCCCCCGCCUAGAGGAGUUACCAGCAGUGAGGAGUACACGCUGUGUAAAAGGUUCCUGGAGCAGGGCCUGUGUCGCUACGGUGCCCAGUGCACGUCGGCCCACUCCCAGGAGGAGCUGAUGGAGUGGCAGAAGCGCUACGCCUCGCGCCUCAUCCGCCUCAAGCAGCAGCAGGAGAGCAAGCACUUCACCGAGAACUACAUGGAGGCGCUCAUCGAGAAGUGGAUGAACUCUCUCUCCCCUGAGAAAGUGCUGAGUGACUAUUUGGACGGCGUCAGCGUGGAACACAGCUCCAACCUCUCCGUAACUGUCACCACCAAGAAAUCAGCUCACUCCUGGACCUUCUCCCUGUUCUGCAAGCCUGUGAGGAAGCUGUACCGCAUCGCCCUGCUCUACGACGCCCACCGACCCCACUUCUCCAUCACGGGCGUGUCGGUUGGCGAUGCCGGCGCCCAGCGGCUGCAGGCGGCGGCCGAGGGCUGCCAGGAGUGGACGGCGGGCGAGGAGGCGCUGGCGGCCGACAACGGCAUUGACCACUGCGUCUACACGGUGGUGGUGGGCUUCAGCACCGAGAUAUUCGGCACCUUCCGCCAGACCAUCGUCUUCGACUUUGGCUCGGAGCCCGUGCUGAUGCAGCGCAUCAUGGUGGACGCCGCCUCCAUAGAAGACCUGGAGCACCUAAUGCAAGCCAGGCAGCAGCUCCUGAUGACGGCCAAGCGCUGGGACCCGUCCUGCAAGACCAUCGUGGAGUUCAGCCCCAAUGAGACGGUGGACCUGGACCGCAGCCUGCUGGCCCGCUACCAGAUCCCCCUGUCGGCCGACCAGCUCUUCACCCAGUCGGUGCUGGACAAGACCCUGACCCGGGACAACUACCAGGCCCGCCUGCACGACCUGCUCUACAUCGAGGAGAUCGCCCAGUACAAAGAAGUCAGCAAGUUCAACAUCAAAGUCAACCUCCAGCUGGUCACCAGCUUCAUGCUGACUGGCAUCUCGGGUGGCGCCAAGUACGCCCAGAACGGGCAGCUCUUCGCCCGCUUCAAGCUGACGGAGACGCUGUCGGAGGACACGCUGGCGGGCCGCCUUGUCAUGACCAAAGUGAACUCUGUCUUGCUGCUGCCCCUGGCCCGCCAGGAGUGGUGCAGCCAGCCCCCGGGGGUCAAGGAGCGGGUCUACGAGGCCUGCAUCGAAGAGAAGACCAAGGACUACAUCUUCCUGCGGAUAUGCAAGGACUGCUGCGAGGAGCUGGGCUUGAUACCUGAUAGGGAACUGCAGGUGGAGCUGCAGUUUCAGUUGAACCGCCUGCCCCUGUGUGAGAUGCACUAUGCUCUGGACCGCAUCAAAGACAACGGUAUCCUGUUCCCAGACACCAGCCUUACCCCCACCAUCCCCUGGAGCCCCAACAGGCAGUGGGACGAGCAGCUGGACCCGCGUCUCAACGCCAAGCAGAAGGAGGCCAUCCUGGCCAUCACCACGCCUCUAACCAUCCCCCUGCCCCCUGUGCUCAUCAUCGGGCCCUACGGCACGGGCAAGACCUUCACCCUGGCACAGGCCGUCAAGCACAUCCUCAAGCAGGACGACAGCAGGGUCCUCAUUUGCACCCAUUCCAACAGUGCAGCUGACCUGUACAUAAAGGACUACCUUCAUCCAUACGUAGAAGCGGGCAACGCGCAUGCAAGACCUCUCAGGGUAUACUUCAGGAACCGCUGGGUGAAGACUGUCCACCCGUUGGUGCAGCAGUACUGUCUGAUCUCUAACACACAGUACACUUUCCAGAUGCCCGAGAGAGAGGACAUCCUCCGGCACCGGGUGGUGGUGGUCACCCUCAGCACCUCCCAGUACCUCUGCCAGCUGGACCUGGAGCCAGGGCUCUUCUCUCACAUCCUAUUGGACGAGGCGGCCCAGGCCAUGGAGUGUGAGACAAUCAUGCCUUUCGCGCUGGCCGGCAAAAGCACCCGCAUCGUGCUGGCUGGAGACCACAUGCAGCUCAGUCCGUUUGUGUACAGCGAGUUUUCUCGAGAGCGGAACCUGCAUGUGUCGCUGUUGGACCGGCUGUACGAGCACUACCCAGCCGAGUUCCCCUGCCGCAUCCUGCUCUGUGAAAACUACCGCUCCCACGAAGCUAUCAUCAGUUACACGUCAGAACUGUUCUACGACGGGAAGCUGAUGGCCAGCGGGAAGCAGCCGUCCCACAAGGACUUCUACCCGCUGACCUUCUUCACGGCGCGCGGCGAGGACGUCCAGGAGAAGAACAGCACGGCCUACUACAACAACGCAGAGGUGUUUGAGAUCGUGGAGCGGGUGGAGGAGAUGCGUAAGAAGUGGCCGGUGGCGUGGGGCAAGCUGGACGAGGGCAGCAUCGGCGUGGUGUCGCCCUACGCCGACCAGGUAUUCCGCAUCCGCGCCGAGCUCCGAAAGAAGAGGAUGCACGAGGUCAGCGUGGAGCGGGUGCUCAACGUCCAAGGUAAGCAGUUCCGAGUGCUCUUCCUGAGCACUGUGCGCACACGGCACACCUGCAAGCACAAACAGACGGCCAUCAAGCGGAAGGAGCAGCUGGUGGAGGACUCGACGGAGGACCUGGACUACGGCUUCCUGUCCAACUACAAGCUGCUCAACACGGCUAUCACUCGCGCCCAGUCCCUGGUGGCCGUGGUGGGAGACCCCAUAGCGCUCUGUUCGGUGGGCCGCUGCAGAAAGUUCUGGGAGAAGUUCAUCUCCAUCUGCCACGAGAACGCCAGCCUGCACGGCAUCACCUAUGAGCAGAUCAAGGCCCAGCUGGAGGCCCUUGAGCUCAAGAAGACCUACGUGCUCAACCCGCUGGCGCCCGAGUUCAUCCCCCGCGCCCUGCGGCCCCAGCCGGCCCAGCACCCCCAUCAUCACCAACACCAUCACCAACACCCACACCCCCAGGGACACACGGCCAUCAAGCAGCCCCAGCAGCAGCAGCAACCGCAGCAGUCUCCCGCGAAGGGGAAAGGUCAACAUGCGAACCACACGGAGCACUUCCCACCUGAAGGAUUUGUUCAACCCAACCCUGCGGUGUUGAUGGGCAACCCCAUCCGGGCGUUCACGCCGCCCUUAGGGGGCACACCUGGCGGCAUGGGCAAGUCCCCCAGUCCCGUGCAGAGGAUAGACCCCCACACGGGUGCCAGCAUCCUCUACGUGCCCGCCGUCUACGGAGGCAACAUGGUCAUGUCCAUGCCAUUGCCUUCUGUCCCCAUCCAGUUGCCGUGGCCCGGCUAUCAGAACCGCUUCGCCAUGGACCCACGCAUCAUGAGCCACCAGGCGGCCAUGGCCUACAAUCUGAACCUGCUGCAGGCCCAGAACCGGGGCUCGCCCAUCCCCUACAGCGGAGUCACACACCCCUCCCCCUUGGGCAUGGGCCAGCAGACCAGUCCCGACAAGGAGCUUCAGGCUGAUUCCGUCAGAAACGGUAAAAUGGACGGGUGUGCAAAGUCCGAGCAGAGUCGGCUGCAGACACCAGAGAGGAAGACCUCGGAGAUGAAGGACAAGCAGGGAGAGUGUGAUCCGGGCGGUGGCCGGGGUCUGGACUCUCAGACGGACGGACUGGGCUUCCCCAAUGCCAUGCUUCACCGCAAGGACAACUCAAGCCAAAGACCACUCAACUACCACCUGGCGCCCCCCAACCCGGCCUUUGCCCCCCAUCCCGUGGGUCGGGCUUUCCCCCCACAGUACCCCGGCGUGUCCAGGCUCCCCUUUAGGGUGCCGACCCAGCACCCAGGUGGGGGCCCGCCUAACCAGCAUCACUCGGCCCAGCUAUCCCCGGCCUACGCCAGCGGCGGCCACAACCCCUCCUUCUUUGGUGGGGCCAUGGCCUCCCACAGAGGUGUGCCGGAGACUGAGGAGGAGGGGCCGGAGGAGAUGGGGAAUUCCAUCAGGUCCCAGAUGGGCCACCAGGUGGGGCACCACCCGGCCCUGUCGCAGCCCAGCCGAGUUAACAGCUUCGGGGAGGAGAACCAAGAAGGAGGCCUGGGAGAUGGGAUGGACCCCCUAACUCUGGAGGCCCUGAGCCAGCAGGCACGGCUGGGCCAGUGGGGUGAGCCCGGGCCCUUCCUCCAGGGCGGUGUGGCCUUCCCUCUGCCCCAGCAGCUGGCCCAUCUAGCCCAGCCCGGCCUAGCCCGCUUCCCCCCUCAGCUGCUGGCACGGGCCAACUGGAGAAUGAGCGCCGGCAUGGAGGACGAGGCUGGCGGACCGCCUUUCACUAGGUUCCCAGGCCUCCUGAGAGAGAUGCCCCCCCAGGAUCAGCCCGAUCCCAGGGACCCGGUUGAGAUGCAGCCCCCUCCCCAGUCCCGCCUGCUCCAGUACCGCCAGGUCCAGUCCCGCUCUCCGGGAGACCCCUCCUCCCCCUCGUCCGUAACCUCCAACCACACCGGACCCUUCCCCCCUGGCCCCUAUCCCGGCCGAGACCCCACCAGCCACGAGCUGGAGCUCCUCAAUAACCCGGGUCUCCAGCAGCACCCGGGGAACCAGCUCUACAACCCCAACGCCUACCCCCACCAGCUGGGCCACUCCACAACCCCGCCCCCGCAGGUCAAGUACCUCCUCCAGGAGGCCCAGUGGCCUCACGGCGGAGCUGGCGUGGCCCAGAACCACAUGCUGGCCCAGGGCCAGGGCUUUCCCUAUGGGCUGCCCGUCAUGGCCCACCCCAGUAGACAGGAGCAGGUCCACCUCAUGCAGCUCCACCACCAGCAGCAGCAGCACCAACAACAGCAGCAGCAGCAGGGUCAAGGCCCAGGCCAGGAGCCCUACCACCCUCUCUCCCCCAGAACAACAGGUGCCACCGCCCUUCACAAUGUAGAAGAGUAUGAACCCAGGGGUCCCGGGCGGCCCCUCUACCAGCGGCGGAUCUCCUCCAGCUAUCCAGACGAGGGAUCCCCCGCCAACGCCGCCGCCUUGGCCCAGCAGCAGCCACAGACCUGCCCGCCAGACCCCCAGGAGCACCCCCACACACACCAACACCCUCACCCCCACCAACACACCCACCAACACCCCCACGCCCCCUACGGCUACCCCCUGCCUGAGCUGUGGCCCGGCAACGGAGGUGGCCCUGGCCCGUUCCAGAACAUUCCAUGCAACGGAGCCAGCACACUAAUUCAACACCGGGACCUCCUAGUAGCUUCCAAGGCCCUGCGGCAGGCAGCAGAGGAGCAGAUGAAGGCUGAAGCGGCAGCAGCAGUAGCUGCGGCCCAGCCUCCCGCCCACUCCCUCCAGCACCUCGGACAAUUCCCCCCUCUCAUGCCCAACAGCAAGCAACAGCCACAGCAGCAGCAGCAGCAGGCCCCCCCAGAGCCCGUCCAAGGCCCCGGGGGCCCCCAAAACCCUGGCAAACCCCCCACCAUGUCCUACGCCAGUGCCCUCCGCGCCCCACCCAAACCCAGAGCUCGUCCCGAACAGGUCAAAAAGCACAGCGACCCACUUUCCCUACUCCAAGAGCUGAGCAUAGGAAGUUCAAAUGGUAGCAACGGAUACUAUUCCUAUUUUAAAUGAGUUUCAUCCCUGAGAAAUCGCCCCUAGAAAAUUAUAAAUAAAAAAACAUGUAAAAUAUAAAGAAAGAAAAAAAAGAUAAUAAUUGCAAAACUUUUGUGAAAAAGACAAAAAAAAAACGGUACACGUGCUUUUACAAAUCGUUUCUAUUCAUCGUUUUUGUUUCCGCAUUUUUGUUAUGUUUUAAACUUUUAUUUGUAACAGUCAAAUCUUUCUUCUGUUUCACAUAUCUGACAUAAAAAUUUAAAAAAAUAUGUAAAACAUAAGUAUAUAUAAUGGAUGCAUUACUGGUAUAUAUACAUGCACAUUAUGUAUAUAUGAAUAUAUGCUUAUAUUAUGUACACUUAUAUAUGUACGUAAUGCAAAAAAAAAAAAAAAAAGUAGAAAAAUAAACUAAAAUGAUUUUAAAAACACAACAUUUGGUUGACCACUUGGCUGCCUGUCUGUUUUCCCUUGUUGAAGUUGGUUUUGUUGGCCACUUUUUUUUGUCCGUUUUUAAAAAUUGAGUGGACUUUCUAUGUCUUGAUUUUCAUCAUAGUUGUGUUAACAGGGAAAAAGCUAAGUCGUCAACUAAUUUCAUAUAAAAUAUAUGGAACAUUGUAUAGAAGUAGAUACAUUUUCCUCUAAUCUGUACAUAUAAAGAAAAUAAAUAACUGAGUUGUAUGCCA